GAGAAGGUACCAGAUUAUGUCUUGAGAAAGACGAUGGAAAUUCUUAAAAGCUGCGACUCAUGUAAGGCGCGAAAAGUUCGAUGUAACGGAUAUCCCGGCCCCUGCGAAAACUGCAUCCGCCGUAAAGCACCAUGUCACUUUAGCCGCAGGAAGAUACCUCAAAGGCGAAAUGUGAACACCAUCCUCACAUCGCCUCCGUCUCCGCGUGUUGAAUCUCCAAGCACCCCUCAAAUUACUGAGAAUAAGCCUCGACGGCCAUUACCUGAACUCUAUGUCGAUCGUUUAUUAUCUCAGGCCCGGACGGCCGGGGCUCUUGGAACUGAGAAGCCGUUUGCCGUGAAGGGGAUCGGACUUGUUAUUGGAAAUGCUAGUUUGACGUUUUUCUCCGAUAAUCGACUGCUAUAUCUAUCAUCUCGUCUACGAAAUGACAGAGUAAAAGAGCUGAUUCAGAGGAUAUCUGCUCUGAUUGGUGCUCGGCUCGGUCAGCAUCCCGAUGUGGUACCAUCGAACUCACUUGGGGGGUUCAAAGGAAGCCAGAAAGAUAUCUUCACAUUCACGGAUAGAACCGAAGCGAAUGCUCAUAUAAAAUUAUACUUCGAGCGGGUUCACCCAUUCUAUCCAUUCCUUGACCAGGGCGAAUUCGAAGCAAUGGCGUUCAGCCCCAACUUCCCCGGUCGCAUUGCGCAGAAUAAAGCGAUGUAUGCUCUGUACCAUGCCGUCGUUGCUCUGGGCUGCCAAGCAGGUACUGGGGGGAAAUUCGAACCAGGCAAAGGGAGGGCCUGGCAAUAUUUGUCAAGGGCACUCGCCAUUUUCCCCGACCUUUUCUCGCUCCCUGAUUCCCUUGAUGUCCUCCAGGCAAUGACUGCCAUGACCAUAUACUCACUCAAUAUAUCUUGCAUAGCAAUUGAACAUUUCAUACUGUCAGAAGCAGCAAGAAGAGCGCAGAAUCUUGGUCGCGCCAACCUAAGUGGCAAAGUUCGUGCCAGCUAUCAUAGAGCUUUUUGGGUCCUCUACACUGUCGAGAAGAUAACCAAUUUUCACUUUGGAAGGAAUUCCAUAUUCGUCGACCAUGAUAUCGUUAUCCCAAUCCCGUCGGUACCAGAUGCAAUUAUGGGAGAGUUGGACUGGUUUCUCACAAACGCGAGAUAUGCCCGCUUGCUGUCGAAGGCUAUGGCAUCCCUCUUCUCAAUUGCUGGGACGGAUGAUCCAAAGGCCUAUUACCUUUCGAUCAUAGACCAGUGCGAAAUCGAAUUAGAAGAAUGGCGAAUGUCAAUACCUGACGAUAUCAGGCCGGGCAAGCCAUACCAGACGCAUGGGAUGCAAAGUACGCUGCUCCGAUUAGCCGCCCUCCGACUACACCUACUCUAUAAUAGCUUCAAGUUGAGCCUUUCUCGAGCGACAUUACACCUAGCAGCCAACACGAAUCACGUCGUGAGUCAAGCUCGCCAGGCCGAAAACACGAGGGCCAUGAUGGAAACGUCGCGUCAUGUGCUUGAGUUGACGGCUUUCAUCGACGUUGAGCCAAACACACCGCUUUGGAUUAUGGCAGGAAUCCCAGUCGUAGCUCUCUUCAUAUUAUUCGAUCUAGUGGUCACGAAUCCAAAACACGCCGGAACAGCAACGAAUCUAGCUCUUCUCGAUAUGGCUGGGGGUCAUUUUAGUAGAAUCGAAUACGCGAGCGGUGGUAGUCUUCCGGGGUCGCUCAUUGGAGAAUUUGCGCACAUUGCUCGGGAAUACGUGAAUACUGUGAAAAACGAGGACGCGUCAAAUCAACCUGCUGAUAAGCAAUCAUUAACAUUGUUGAAGUCGCCUCCAACAGUCUUCAGCACAGUUAACCGAGCUGGACCUCAGACACUUAGUGACAACAAGCUUGUCUCUUCUAUUGGCUCUUCUCCCCCUCUCGGACCGCCACAAAUGCCGGAUAGCCUUGCUUUCGAUGGUGAACUUACCCUACCGCUCGACGAUACUCUACUUUUCCCAAUAAACGACAGGUACUUUGAGAUGGAUGACGAAGUUCCUAUGGGAACUGAUAUUAUGGAUCUAUUCAAUUCGGCAAUUGAUCCAUUCUUCAAUCAAAUCAUGGACCCCGAGCUUCAAAAUUAAGACAUAGCACUCAGGUGCUUUGUAGGCGGGUAUAUAUAUUCGAGGCCGACCUUUUUGGGUGGAAUUCUUUGAAAUUGUCGAAAGGGAAGAAUAUCUCGUGCGUACUUCCCCACAUUACUCCGGUUGACAUGACAUGAGGCAUCAUCAAGGAU